AUUUCUUUUACGUUGGCAAGAAAGAACAACAAAUAAAUAUAGCUAAUAAGCUAAUUAACGCCAACAAAAUAUUUUAAAACCUACUUUACAAUGUCCAUACCAAAACCUACAAAAAUCUCUAGAUCAUUAAUGAAAAUUUCGCACAAUCUGUAGAUGCAAGUUUUUCCAUGCCAUAAUUUUAUUUUUCGUUUGAACUCAACUAGUGUGUUGGAAUCUUUAAUUUCCCGUGGUAAUGAGGACCACAAAUGGUGACCUCUGUACUGAAUAUUCUCUAUUCCGUAUGUUGUCUGUCGGCACAUGUUGUCUUCACUUUUGGCAACUGCAAAUGAUUUUCACCCCUUAGAUUGUAUAGAAUAUCUCUCUCAGUAAAAGUGUUUUUCAUAAAUGUUGGAUUUAGAUUGUUUUUUGUUUUGAAUAUCUCAAAUCAGAAUCUAAGAUAUAAUUUACUCAGCUGGCUUUCUGAUUACUUUAUGGUUUAGUUGCCACCAGUAACAUCAUACUUCCUACGCGUAUUUUGUGUUCUAAGUUAGAAAGAAUGUCGAAUGAGAAAGCGUAUAUAUUUAAAAUUUUCGGUUUUGAAUGACACAAUAUUGCUGCAAUAUUCGGUAACUUUCUCCUCAGUAAUAUUCUAUCUAACUGUUAUCUUGCUUGCAAGAGUCUUUACAGCGCACACGACUGAUCUCUUGGCAGAACACAGUUCAUUGCUAGCCAAGAGUGAUACUGCGCAGGAGAUUUAUCAAGAAACGGACAUGAAAUGCUUAUGCGAUAUUUGCUUUGCUGAAAACUUAAUCUGUUCGCAAAUAUUUUCUUAGAUACCUUAAAAGGUUGUUCAACGUUGGUGCUUAUCGAUAAGAACAUUUGCUUCCUAGACGCAAGUUAAAUCAAAUUGACAUGUGUCUCAUUGUUUGAAGAAAUGAGAUUUUUUCCUCGAUUUUGACCCGUGCUGUUUACAUUCACUGCUGCGUCAAAGCAUUCUGGUCAAUAUACAUGUUUUAUCUUCAUAUGUGGCUUGGACAACGGUGAAUAGUAUCUCUUUGCAAUACAGUUGACAUGCUGCUUGAAAUUGGUUGUUUUCUCAGCUUACCUAAAGCUUUUUCUAUUAACUUAAACGGACCACCAGAAAUGCAAUCAGACACUCGCCAUGUAUACGUUUGUUAACUGUCAGCGGAUGAUCCACACCUGUCGCUAUUCAUAUUAAUGCUAAAUGACGACUGGGUUACGUCAGAUGAAUUUUGGACAUUACCAAUCAGGAUGGUGACCCAAGUAUUUUGGUCCUUCACAUUUACUGCUAUAAUUCAAAUUCACGGUUUUUCAGUGGUAUGGGACACUAACAUGGGACAAUAUCCAUCUGCAUGGCAGACAAUUUUAGGCGGUGACUACAGGCAUUACAAUCUGCUUGCUUUGCUUAAUGUUCAGUCACUCGAAAAAGACUUUCGUUGGAGAUCAAAACAUCUGGAUGUUGGAGAUGGUGUUAUCCUUGUAGAAGCCACACGAUAUGCAAUUAAUCGGGUAAACAUGCUUGGCUUCCUUAAGCUGCCACUGUCUUUUCAAAUAACUGAUUGCAGAGAAUCCCGUGCACCAUUUUCAACCUAUCGAAACAUCUUGGUUUUAAACGGACUGACGUCAUGGCAAACGACAUACUAUUUGAUUACGAAUACGAUGGCAACUGCGCCGAUGGCGAAUGUGCUGGCGUCUAGUGAAGCAUUUGAUCAUGUCAUGAAGCCAGAAGUGUCAAGGAAAUUCAAAAUGGAUGAGAUACAUCGUAAUGUGUUUCGUACUGUCCCAUCUGAUGCCUUGGAGAACGAGGCUAUUGUUGAUAUUUUAGAAAGACUGAAUUGGACCUACAUUUCCGUUGUCAGUUCCAAUGAUUUGCGCACACAGCAAACAGUGGAGAACUUUGCAGCUCUUGCGUACCAAAGAGGAAUCUGUAUUUCACAGACCAUCUGGAUUUCAGACAAGCCGAGUAGAAACGAAUACGUUGAUGCUGCAAUCAAGUUAACAAGGGGAGACUCAGCCAAAAUUGUGGUGCUUGUCACAAUGUUGCAUGAAGCGUGGGAGUUCUAAAUGCGGUUAAAAAUAAUGAUGGAAAUUUGACUUUUAUUGCUGGCACUGGCUUCCGCGCAAAUUUGCACGAUUUGAGAGUUAAGAAAGAAUCAGUGAAAGGCUUGCUUCAUUUGCAACAUGCAGAUACCUACGAUAAAGGCUUUGAGCAAUAUUUUAUGAAUUUAAAGUUCAGCACCAACAAGUAUCGUUGGUUUGGAGAAUUCUGGAGCAUGCUUUUCAAUUGUAGCAUUCCGUAUAGAUAUAAGUCACUUAGUAGCAGUUUAAGUGACAAGAGACCUCGUUGUACUGGCAUCGAAGAUCUUCAUGAGGUGGAUGUAGAUUUAAAGUAUUCAUUAGUCAAGCCAAUUUUGAAUGCUGUGGAUUCAUUUGGAUGUGCUUUGAAAGAAAGCGAGGCACAUGCUAACUGCUCAUUUACAAGCAGAACUUGUAGAGAAACUAUUAUGAAAAACUCUGUCAAAUUCUUUGGAAAAAGGAAAUGCAAAAUAUCUGAUUCGAUUGCAGUGAAUGAACAAGGCUUUAACUACAAAGAUUUCCUAAUUUUGAACUUUAACGGCUUGAUGUACAAAGAGUUGGUAAAUGGACCUAUGAUGUAACCAGUCGAAAAAGUUCGUUGAAUCUAUCCAGAGAGGAUGUGGUAUGGAGCAAUGAUGUUAUGCCUUUGUCAACUUGCUACAAGCCCUGUCCUAAUGGUUUUGUUAAGGACCGUGGCUCAGCAGGAAAUAUCUGUUGCUUCACUUGCUCGAAAUGCGGCAAAAAUGACAUUGUCUCUAAUGACACGUGUGUUACAUGCCCUUUAUAUGAAGUUCCCAACUGGUCGAAAACCAGUUGUGACAAAUUGCCGUCAAUUUUCGUCGACUCUCAGUAUGGUUACCGAUUAAUACUUAUAAUAGGAAGCACUAUGGGUAUUGUUUUAAACACGGUGACGAUUGGUACGUUUGUUUGGUUCAGAGAUCGGAAAGUAAUCAAGGCAACUGGAGUAGAGCUUAGCCUGUUUAUACUUGUAGCUCUGUACCUCUGCUUCGUUUGUCCGUUUGUCUUUGUCCUAAGACCAUCUGUUAUUGUGUGUGGAAUUCAGCGAUUCAUCAUGAGUCUGAGCCUCAAUGCUAGCUACAUUCCUCUGCUUUUGAAAACAAGCCGUAUCUACCGCAUUUUCAAGGCUUCUAAAUCUCUUGUUUUAAAGCCUAGUUUUGUUAGUACAAAAUCGCAGCUUUUGAUAUGCAUUUUCAUAAUAUGCAUACAGUUAUUGCUUGGCAUCGUUUGGGUAGCUGGAGAUAGGCCAAAGGUUCGUUUGGAAGUUAGUUCAAAGGGGAAUCAGCUUAGUGUUCUUUGCAGAUCUGACCCAGCCAACGCGGCUCUGAAUCUUCUUCCAUGCGUUGUGGUGAUGGGUGCAUGUACUUUUUUUGGAUAUAAGACUCGCAAUUUCCCUUCAAAUUUCAACGAGGCAUUCAGCAUUACCAUCACAAUGUAUAUCAGCUGUUUCCUCUGGUCAAUGUUUAUUCCAUUGCUGUUUCUCUUCGACUUGAAAAGAGACAAUGCAUUUGUUACAGCUUUUCUCACCUCGUAUUUUAUGAUAAUUCUUGGGUUAGUUAUGCUGGCUGGUAUUUUCGGAACUACGUUGUGGAAAUUGUAUGUUCAUAAAGACUCUACACCGCAGACUGGUCAAUUUUUUCACAGCGGGAAUGAGAGCAGUUUUGCUGGCAGUACCUUCACUAAUAUUUGCGCUCCUGACAAGUCCCCUAGCCAUUCCGUUCGAAGGAUGAAGGACGUUGGAACCGACCCUAUUGAAGUUUUUCCGAGUUUUCUUCUGGAAGAAGACGCCAGAAAAAGGCUUAUUUACUCCAAAGCGAUUAUACCUAGAAAUAGGUUAAACAGUUUCUAGUU